AUCAAUUUCGAAAAUGGAACAGUCAAAAUCCGCUGAGUCACUCGACGAACCACCGACUGAAGAUAAGUACAUCUUCAACAACAACUUGUACUUACGAGAUGUAGUGUAUUGGAAGGACUUCAGGUAUCUGAACCCAGAGGUAGUGAGAGGGAGGGAGAACAAUAAACAAAUGAACGUUGGUGCGAGGAGGACGGCUAGAGACGUGCUGAAGAUGUGGUACGAUGAGGUUUUCAAAGGAGUCCGCCAAUUCCUGUAUGAGGGGUCUUUGCAUGGCGUCAAGUACAUCUUCGAGCCGUCGUUCAGCCGGUCGGAGCGGCUGGCGUGGGUGGUGAUCGUGGUGGUGAGCGUGUCCGUGUGCGUGGUCAACAUGCUGGCCAUGUUCCAGCAGUGGGCUUCGGCGCCCUUCGUCAAUGUCAUGGACUCUUUGCAGACUCCGGUGUGGGCGGUGCCGUUCCCGAGCGUGGUGCUGUGUCCGCACCUGCACGUCAAGAUGUCCUGCUCCAAUGUCUCCGCGUUAAAUGAGAUGGAAAGUUUCUACGCGUCUCUGAUAUGUCCGAAGAUGUUCCGGAUGAACAAGGCGACGCGCCGGCCGCUGUCCCUCGACCAGACCAGGAAGCUGCAGGAGUUCAUCGUCAGGGUGUCCCCGAAAUGCCAAGAGGUGGUCCGCCGCUGCUACUGGAAGCCGACCAACGACCAGGAUUGGCUCGGCAAGGACUGCUGCGAGUCUCUGUUCCGGCCGGUGUUCACCAACUACGGUCUUUGUUACGCCUUUAACAGACUGCCUUUGAAUGGGAUGACAAACAUAACAGCGAACUGGCAACGUGUGUUCGAUAAGCACGUCUUCCCCCGACCUCUAGCUUGGACCCUGGACGACGGGUACCCGCGGGUGUUCCCACCGGACCCCACCAUGCGACCCUUCAGAGCUAUGGCGUCAGGGGAGGUCAAUGGGUUGGGGGUCGAAGUGUAUCUGAACACCAGCGAACACCAGUUCGAGUGUGAUGACGUCAACCUUGGGUAUACGGUUUUAAUAGGAUCCCCGACCGAUCACAUCUACACGAGCACUGUCUUACGUCUACCGAUGGGCAGGUGGACCACUGUAGAAGUGUCCCCCGUGACCUACAGAACUGACCCGGCGCUGAGGUCCCUGUCACCUGGCCGGAGACAAUGUUUCUUCCAAGAUGAAAGAACGCUGGAUUAUUAUUCCAUUUAUACAGACAGCAACUGCAAACACGACCUGCUGAUGCGAGAGUCGAAGAAACAGUGCAAUUGUGUGCUGUUUAAUUGGCCUAGGACAUUGAAGGGAGAACCCAUUUGUUCUACUGAGAUAGAUUUUCGUUGUAUUAAUGAAGUUCAUGCGAAAGUGGAAGAGCAGCUAAUCUACGCCUACUACGAGGACAGCUCCUCCAGCCACGGGGGCAGCGGCGCGCGCUCGUGCUACCCGUCCUGCAACGACAUCCUGUACAACAACCAGGUGUACUACUCCGAUAUGAAGGUGGAGGGCGGGGAGGGGGGAGAGGUUAAGGAGCUAGAGAUAACGAAGAUCAACGUGCACUUCUACGACGACAUGUUCAUCGGGCUGCACCGCCACGCGCAGUACGACGGAGGGUACUUCGCCGGUGCUAUAGGCGGCCUGCUGAGCCUGUUCCUCGGCUUCAGCAUCAUCAGCGUGGCUGAGCUCAUCUACUUCGUGAUAUUCCGUCCCGUCUACACCACCCUUCUGAGCGUCUUCUGUGAGAAGAGACCGAAAAAUUUGACGAAUUAGGGACGGUUGUCUAAUCAUGGAACAUCCUAGGAGGACCUAAGUGAUGUGUUUUAAAAUAAGUGACCACAGCAGGGAGUAUGGAAAUUACUGGAAGAUUAGUAGGAAUCUGGAGGGGGAGGAUGGAAUAAAAUAGUAGCUUAGUAAAUCUAUAUUCUAUUUUUUCUAAGUAUAUUGAUUAUAAUGAUUAGUUAAGUAGAAUCUCUCGAUGUAAAUAAAAAAUUGCAACAUUUUCUUAUUUUUCUGUCCAAAGCUCAUUAGUGAUUAUGUUCCUUGGUAAUUUUGUUGUUGGUCUGAGUUGGUAAUGUAGUAAUGUUCAUUGAUACAGAUUGUAGUAGAGUGUACCCACCACGUACCAACCACGUACCCACACACAUCUAACACCGAGCAGAAUAAUGCACAUUCACUUCCCGGGGGCUUACUAUAGUCUACAAAAAACGAGAGAGUCGAGAGUCGUAGUUGUGCAGCAACCAAGUGUUAAGUACAUAUUAAUAUAUUAUGUACCGAUAAUAAGUUAUAAGUAAGUGA